AUGGCUGAUCUAACCAAGCGACACAUUCUUUGUAAAGUUUUGGCAUUCAUGUAUACAAUUGAGUUUCAAAAAAGAGGUUUACCCCUUGCACAUGUUUUUCUCUUCUUGCAUCCUCUUAGCAAGUAUCCAUCUCCGUCUAACAUCGAUAACAUCAUUUCCGCUGAAGUACCUGAUCCGAUACGCCAUCCGACAUUAUAUGCUUUGGUCAAGUCACAUAUGAUCCAUGGUCCAUGUGGUCUGGCACGUCCGAAAUCCCCAUGUAUGAGAAAUAUGAAAUGCUCGAAGUACUAUCCCAAAAGUUUCGUUGAAGACAUAAUAAUUGAUGUUGAAGGUUAUCCAUUAUACUGUCGAAGAUCCAACACACAUUUUAUAGUAAAAAAUGGUAUCCAGUUGGAUAAUAGGAAUGUCGUUCCAUACAACACACGUUUGUUGUUGAAAUAUCAAUCGCAUAUAAAUAUGGAAUGGUGUAACCAGAGCACUUCUAUCGAGUAUCUAUUCAAGUACAUUCACAAGGGAUACGACAAAAUCACUGCAAGUGUUGUUGCUUCUAACUCAAACAAGGAUGCAAACAAUGAACCCAUAGAUGAGAUCAAACAAUAUCUUGAUUAUAGAUAUGUUUCUCCGAGUGAGGCAUGUUGGCGAAUUUUUUCUUACAAAAUCCAUGGACGAAAACAUACUGUUGAAUGUAUGUUCUACCAUCUAAUUAGUGAAAAGGCUGCCUAUUACACAGAUUAUGACCGGAUGGAGAAUAUUUUAGAAAAUGAAAGUGUGACCGAAUCGAUGUUCACGUCUUGGCUGGUUGCAAAUUUAGAAUAUGAGGAAGCCCGUUCAUUGACAUACGGUGAAUUUGUUACGAAGUUUGUGUAUGUUAAAAGAAGUAGAACAUGGAAUCCGCGAAAAGAGGGUUUACCAUCGAACGUUUAA